AUGUCAGGACCUCACCAAGAUCAACCUCGUGUGUUUCAGAUGUGGACCAAACAAAUAAGCAAGCUCCGAGUGUUGACUCUCAGCCUCGCCUCGUUUGCUGCAGCUGGGUUUUUCUACUCACUGGUUCCUGACAGCGAAUGGCGGCAGAAGGCGGAGGAUAGUAUCAUGCUCGUGGAUUGGUCUGGGUUCGGUCCUGAGAAAGGGUUGUACAAUUUUACCUUGGUGACGGCGAUGAUCGACAUCGGGAGAGGCGACUGGGACAGUCAAGCCCGAAGCUACAGUACCUACCUGUUGUACAUGCAGAGAGUACUGAGGCUGGACGUCAACAUUGUGGUCUACGUGGAUCCUAAAGGAAAGCCAUUUAUUGAAUGGAUGCGGCGAGGUCGCGAGAACCACACAACGAUUGUGACCAUGACGAUUCAGGAGUUGCCGUACUUUCAACUGAAGGAUCGCAUGGCAGAGAUCAUGAACAGUGAAACCUACAAGGAAGGCAAUGAGCUAGUGGCUAAGCAACUCUGUGAAUCCUCUAGUCCUGAAUAUGAUAUUGUUCAGUUGUCCAAGCUCUACUUGAUGGACAGAACUGUGACAUUAAACCCAUUUAAUUCAACCUACUUCAUCUGGAUGGAUGGUGGAUAUGGAAAAGGAGAAAACGUUCAUCCACCUGAUGGGAUAUGGAUACCCAAAGGGCUGUUUGAGCAUGCUGACCAGAUGACAUUCCUGGAAAGAAAGCCAGGAGUUGCGGCUUUUGCCAGUGUCCGGCAGAAGAUCCAUAAAAUGAGCAUAAACAUCAUGCCUGGUGGGUUUUUUGCUGGGGGCGGUUCAGCGAUUCGAGAACUAUACCGCAUGCAGAAACAUGAAUUGGCCAGGUGGAUGGAGGAAGGCAUCAUUGAUGAUGACCAGACGAUGUAUAUGCAGCUGUACUUCCAGAAACCGUCUCUAUUUCGUCUCGUGCCUGCAGACUGGUACGAUGUGUUCAAACUGUUUAAUGCACACACAUCCACGUAG